GAGAACUUACUAGCGGAAGCAACAGCGUCCUACACACUACAUCAAUACGGGCGCUCUUCUGCUAUUAUUCACUAGUCUGGGUCGACGUCUCUAGUGCCACGGCCUUUCAGAAUAAAUUAGCCCACGCCUUCGUUUUCGGGACUAGAGAAUAGACGGCAAGCACGUGCAGCAGGACUAUGGGGAAAGAAGGCGAAAUCAUCCAGGACGAUCAACCUGUAGCUCCCGCGGUAUACUGGGCCCAACGCGAUGACGUCCUCAUCCUCACCAUUCAGGUAGAAGACAUCGACCGCGACAAAAACAGGAAGGUCACGCUCAACGAGAAAAGCCUCUCUUUCAGUGGAAAAGGAGGAGCAGAAAACAAGGACUAUAAGUGCGACAUUACCUUCUUUAAGGAUGUUGACGUAGAGGAAUCAAAAUACAAUGCAACAGCAAGAGGUCUGAAAUUUCUCAUCAAGAAGAAAGAAAAAGGGCCCUAUUGGACCAGACUAACAUCAGAGAAAAUGAAGCUCCACUGGCUGCGGACAGACUUCAGCUACUGGAAAGAUGAGGAUGACUCAGAUGAUGAAGACCAGCAGAGAGAUGCCAACUUAGAAAAGUUAAUGGCACAGAUGGGAGAGAGCGGAGGUGGUUUAGGUGAUGGUGACGCGCCAAGCAUGGAUGAUCUGGAUGAUGAGAAGGAUAGUGACGACGAAGAGUUGCCAGACCUGGAGUAGAGUCCAAAAGUUCCUUAUGCAAAACCGCAGAUUUCACAUUUCUUCCAAUAGUUCACCCCCUCUUCUGUCCAAACAGAUAGUUUUACAUAGCUCUCCUCUCAUCCCAAAUUGUAAAGUACCUUACAGUUCCUGGCUGUUACAACUGUAGUGCUCUCAUCAUGCAUUUUAUAUCAUUGAGACUUUCACAACAUACAUUUGUACAUAGACUCAAAGGACUUACCAAGGGGAAAGUGUACUUUUUGUAGAUGUAUUACAAAUUUUUUAUUUGAAGUAUUGAUUUCCAAUGUCCAUGUACCUCUGAAUGUUACACAUGGUUGUGUCAUCUUUA